AUGGCGUCCUCAGGAGCGUUCAUGGUAGCGGCGGUGCUCGGGCUGGUGCUCGCGUCGGCGCCAGCGGCGCGGGCGUGGAGCACCGAGGGACACAUGCUCACAUGCCAGAUCGCACAGGAUCUGCUGGAGCCUGCGGCGGCGCAGGCGGUGAAGAACCUUCUGCCGGAGGAGGCGGGCGGCGACCUGUCGGCGAUGUGCGUGUGGCCGGACCAGGUGAGGCACUGGUACAAGUACCGCUGGACCAGCCCGCUGCACUUCAUCGACACCCCCGACAAGGCCUGCACCUUCGACUACGCCCGGGACUGCCAUGACCCCAGCGGCGCCAAGGACAUGUGUGUGGCCGGCGCCGUCGCCAACUUCACGUCCCAGCUCAUGCACUACAAGCAGGGCAGCGCCGAUCGCAAGUAUAACCUGACGGAAGCUCUGCUGUUCCUGUCACACUUCAUGGGAGAUAUUCACCAGCCCAUGCACGUGGGGUUCACGAGCGACAUGGGGGGCAACUCGGUGAACCUGCGCUGGUUCAAGCACAAGUCCAACCUCCAUCAUGUAUGGGACAGGGAGAUAAUACUCACGGUGCUCGCCGAGCGCUACGCCAAGGACAUGGCCGCCUUCCGCAAGGACCUCCAGCACAACAUCACCAAGGGCUCAUGGUCCGACGAGUCUUCAUGGAAAGAUUGCGCGGACCUCAUGUCCUGCCCAACCAAGUAUGCCACGGAGAGCAUAGGCCUGGCGUGCAAGUGGGGCUACGACGGCGUCCACGACGGAGACACACUGUCCGAGGACUACUUCGGCUCGAGGCUCCCGAUCGUGACGCGGCGGAUCGCGCAGGGCGGAGUGAGGCUGGCCAUGUUCCUCAACCGGGCCUUCGGAGACCACAAGGCCCACGGCCGCGACGUCGCUGCGCAGGCGAACUUGGUCGUGGCUCAUGACGAUGAGCUCUAG